AUGGGGGACUCAGGAUCCAGACGAUCGACUCUAGUAUCUCGGUUGCCAAUAUUCAGGAGAAGUAUUAGCCGGAGACACGACUCCCUUCCUUCCUCACCUUCUUCUGCUAAUGCCAUUGGUGUCCACACCUCCUCCCCAUCCAGCACUAACUCCAGCUCAGGGAGCACAGGCAAGCGCCGGAGUAUUUUCCGCACUCCUUCCAUUAGCUUCCAUAACAAGAAGGGGAGUGAGCAGAAGCCUGACUCGACUAGUCAAAACGUUAACAUCUCAAAUGGUUCUCAGUCCUCUCUCAGCACUUUUCAAAAACUGAGCUUAGAGGAACACGUUAAAAGCAGAGGAAGGCAUUCGGUUGGCUUUGGCAGCUCGCGUAGCAAGAAGAUAACGAGGUCUUUGACAGACGAUUUUGAAAAGGGAAAGGAGCCCUCAGCUAAUAAGAAUGUCUUUAUAAAUUGCAUAAGCUCUGGGAAGAAUGAGGGUGAUGAUUCGGGCUUUGCAGAGGAGCAGAGCCGAUACUCUGUCAAACAAUCCACGCGAAAACUUCUCCCUAAAUCUUUCUCGUCGCACUACAAAUUUUCUAAACCAGUUCCGGAGAGUCAGUCAGUUUCCUCUGUACAGCAGUCCAGGUGCUUGCUGGAGGUUAAAUCAUAUGUGGAAAGCGAACCUGUGAUCGCCAAGUCCUCUCCUCUGUGUUCGGCUGAGACGACAGAGUACAUGGGAAGCUCCUUGCAGUCCCCGCUGCUCUCGGCUGACCUCACGGCUGCCCAGACCCCCUCCGACUUUGUCGCCCUGACGGAGGAUUCUGUUUCGGAGGUUGAUGCUCUGCCCAGCAGUGGGACUGGGGCGCUGCUCACAGAGGAUUUUGGCCACAAUGUCUCUACCUCUCAGAUUUUCUUUAAUCCUGCUGCUGCUCCUGUGAGGGAAACAGAUAUUGUGGAAAGUACUGGCCAUUCUGCUGGUGUAUCUCCUGUGAGUCACGCAAGCUCGUGUAGCGUUGAAUCUAAUACCUUAUUCAAAACUUCAGCUGCUAAUCAAACAAAAGUAUUGUUGCAAGCCAAUGAACUACAUAUUAACGAUGCCAGGCACAUAGGAGAAAUAAACUCGGCAAAUGCACGUUUACAAACCUUUAUGUUACAGUGUAAAGAAGAACCAGUGAUACCUUCUCCAAAGGCACAGGGGCUGAGUGGGGACAGAGAUGAAAGCAUGCCAUCCAAGCACACAAGAGAGACAAUUCCUGUAAUGCAGUCUAAGAUUGUUUCAUGUUCUGAACCUCAGUCUUUUAAAACACAACAGGGUUAUGAAACAAACCGUUCUAAAGUUGAUCUUGCCAAUAGCUUCAGUCCAUACCGAGAAGGCAGAUUUGUUGAGAAACGACUGAGAUCCUCUUCAGAAGGUACUGCUGGAGGCAGUUGGCUGAUGAUAAAACCAAAGGAUGGAAAUACAGAAGAGCUUAACAGCCUACGGAAGCAGAGAGCAAGCUCAUCCUCUUCAAAAAUGAACAGCAUGGAUAUUUUGAAUAACUUGGGUUCCUGUGAGUUGGAUGAAGAUGACUUAAUGCUUGACUUGGAGUUCCUAGAAGAACAACAUCACCAUCGUUCUGUUUGCCGGGAAGACUCAUACCAGUCGAUAGUCUCAGGUGCUGCUGUAGUACUCACCCCUGUAGAGCCGACAGUGGAUACAAGGAAAAAAGAACAGACAAUAAUGCCUGAUGUGUCUAAACAGAACCUAUCUCUGAAGCUGUCAAAGGAGGUAGACCAAGGAGAAGCCAGGUACCCUCGUAUUAGCCAACUGGCUGGCAGCCCAUCCAUGGAGUGGCCUUUUACUGGUCUGGAAGAAGGCGGAGGCAUUGAAUCUUUGCCCUUCAGAUUGAUGCUGCAAGAUUGCACAGCUGUAAAGACAUUGCUUCUGAAAAUGAAGAGGGUUCUUCAAGAGAGUACAGACAUGAGUCCAGCUAGUAGCACCACCUCACUCCCUGUUAGCCCUCUUCCUGAGGAGCCGUUAUUUUUCAAGGAUGGAAUAAAAGAUGAAUGCUCAGUGCUGAAGCUGCAGCUGAAGGAGAGAGAUGAACUCAUAGCCCAACUUCGUGAGGAGCUGGAAAAGGCUCAGUGCUUUCAGAAGGCUCUUGCUUCCCAAGCAGAUAAAUCCACGCAGACUGAACUCGUAGGCCAUGAUGCUACAUAUCCAAGCAGAAUGGUGAGCCAAAAUCUCAGCACAAGGGACAGAAAGUCAGCACAUACUCCCAUCGAGGACCCUUUUAGAUACUCAUCAGGCAACCAAGCAUUGGCCUAUGAAAGCAAGAGCUGUCAGCUGUCUAAUUUGUGUCUGAGCAACCUCCUAAAAGAGAAGGAGAUCGUGGAAGUCAUCAAACAUACUAGAGGCACGUAUGAAACCCUCGCUUCAGAGGUCACCCAGAAUGGUUUGGCCACCACGGCACCAAGUACAGCAAAGCCAGCAUCCAAGGCAGACAGCUACCCAAUGUUCUCAGGAGCUCCAAAAGACCAAACUGCUGUACCUCGGCAGCAUACCACUUUCACAGGGAGACUUGGACAGCCUCCGAGGGGACCCAUCUCUUUACACAUGUACAGCAGAAAAAAUGUUUUCCUCCACCACAAUUUACACACAGCAGAGCUACAGACUUUGGGUCAACAAGAUGGGUAA